GAUAAUAUUAUGUUAUUACUUAUUAUUGAAAUUUCAGAUUCUUAUUUCUUGUCAUUUGAGUUUGUAUUCGUACUCUCGUGUUAUUCCUGUUUCCUAGUAGUUCGGCGUUUGAGCGGCUCAAGACUGAAGACUGUGAACUGUGAAGUCGUAUCGGAGAACUCGUCGUGAGUUUUCGAUAUAGUCACGACGAGCAAUACUAUAAGUUGUUAUCGAAUCGCGUUAGAUGUCCAACGUUUAUGGUUUGAUUUUUUCUUCAUAGUUUACGCCGUUUUUUCUCGAAAAUGAGGCGGCGAGCCGGCGUCGGCGCCGUUCAAAAACAAAAAUUGGAACAAGAAAAGUACAAGGACAAAGGGACGGUGAUUCAAGAGAAUCAAUUUGAACAGAUGACAAAACAAAUGGAAGUGUUCCGCAGUAAUCUGGAAGAAUUCGCCACUAAGUACAAAAACGAAAUCAAGAAAAAUUCGCAGUUCAGGCGACAGUUUCAAGAAAUGUGCGCGUCUAUUGGUGUCGAUCCGUUGGCUUCGGGCAAGGGUUUUUGGUCCGUUCUGGGUAUCGGCGAUUUUUAUUACGAAUUAGCCGUUCAAAUCGUUGAAGUAUGCAUGGCAACCAGUUACAAGAACGGAGGCAUUAUUGGUUUAGAUGAACUCAGGGAUCGUCUGAUAAAAGCCAGAGGUCGCAACAUACAGCAUCAAGAUAUCACAGUCGACGACUUGCUGAGUGCCGCUAAAAAGCUAAAAAUAUUUGGCAAUGGCUUUUGCAUUAUACCUGUCGGCAAAGGUCAAUACAUGGUUCAAUCUGUGCCUGGAGAACUAAGCAUGGACCAGACGGCUGUGCUCAAAUUGCUGUCAUCAUCUGGCAGCCCCUGUGUCAGUCUCUCAUCCCUCAAAGUACAACUCAAAUGGGAAGAGACGAGAGCCGUCAAUGUCAUCAGUCAAAUGGUGAUUGAGGGAUUGUGCUGGGUGGACAGUCAAAAUGAUGGUGAAUUCUCGUAUUGGUUCCCAAGCAUGUUCAAUGAAUGUAUAACGUCAUAACAAUAUCCUAUUUUAAAAUUGUUUGUAUAUACUUAUUACACUGUAUUAAUUACUUUAAGAAUAUUAUUAAAGAUUACUUUUUAAUUUUGUAAAUAAACUGAAUAUCAUGCAGACUUGAUUGCACUGUUUUUAAACAAUAAC